UUCUCAUCUGGGGCUGAUUUUUUUUUUUUUUUCUCCUGAUUUUGUAAUCCAUGCAUGAGUUUUGAUCUGUUCUUGAAACAUGGAAGCUAGCUAGCUCUUCACUUUAUAUUCUUUUUUCUUCCCCUUUUUGCUUAUGUGAUCACCAAUAAAGGCAUGAAAGAAAAGGAGAAUAGUAUCGGAGAAGUGAAGGACAUGGAAGAGGCGAUAUCGAUUUCGAUAAACUCUGAUCAUACUUGUUCUAAGCCUGUGUUGGAGAGGAAGGCAAGGCCCCAGAAGGAUCAGGCUGUGAAUUGUCCAAGAUGUAGCUCAACCAACACCAAGUUCUGUUACUACAACAACUAUAGUCUGACUCAGCCAAGGUACUUCUGCAAAACUUGUAGAAGGUAUUGGACUGAAGGAGGAACUCUGAGGAAUGUCCCUGUUGGAGGAGGUUCAAGGAAGAACAAGAGAUCUAUUACUACUUCUUCUUCUUUAUCUUCUUCAUUGACAUCUUCAUCCUCAUUCAAAACCCAUCUUCCUGAUCUGAACCCUCCAAUUCUCUCCCACUUUUCCUCUGAAAACCCUAGGAUCCAUGAACCCCAUGAUCUCAACUUGGCUUUUCCACUUCCACAGUACUACCAUGGCAUCUCUCAGUUUGCUGAAGUGCCCAAAAUCGAGAACAACAACUGCUCUUCUUCCUCUUCUUCUUCUUCUUCCUCCACUUUAUCUCAUCUUUCAGCCUUGGAGCUUCUCAAGACUGGGAUCACUUCCAGGGGGUUGAGUUCCUUUGUCCCAGCACCGAUGCCGGAUUCAUCAAGCACCCUAUUCACAUCAGGGUUUCCUCUGCAAGAAUUCAAAGUACCCCACCUCAGUUUUUCUGCUCAUCUACAUGGGGUUGAUCCUCAGCAGAAUAUGAGUACUACCGGAAGGGUUUUGUUUCCUUUUGGAGAAGUGAAACAGCUCCCAGCCACAACAAGCACUGGAGUUGAUCAUGAUUGUAGUGGUAGUAAUAAGGGACAAGGGAGUUCAGCUACUGCUGCAUACUGGAAUAAUGGCAUGUUUGGUGGAGGAGGAAGAGGAGGAGGAGGAGGAGGAGGAUCAUGGUAGAGAAUUAAGGAAGAAGAAGAACAACAAUGGAGAUCAUCUUCAAGAAGUUAAUUUCUUUUCCUUUUCUUCUUUUCCACUUUUUCAUCUUUUUUUUUUCCUUUUCACUUUGUUUGGAGUUCUCUAGAGAACUAACAAAUAGGAUACAAAUGUUUCCUUUGUUUUAUCUUCUCUUUAUUCCUCCUUGUAAAAGCUUAUCAUCUCCACGGUUUGAAGCUCAUUUCAGGCUGGCUUCAAAAGAGUUUUCGUAAAAUACAUGGAUUCAGAGGUAGAAAAAGAUGUGAGUAUAAGCUUCACCAAGAGCUUCACCAUUUUAGCAGCUUU